UUGAUUCGCGUAACGUGACAGGUCACGCCAUGGGAUCAGCUGUCGAUGUUGCUUAUUUAAGACUUGAACUUAGUCAUUCAGAGUAUUGCAGCAAAAAUUGAUUCUGAUUCUACUGGAAAACUGACGAUUCCACGAAUUGGCCGGAAGCGAACGUUGUAAACCAUUUUAAGGCGGUGUAUUAAAUUUGAAGGAACGGAACAUGUUGCAUCUGAAACAAGGCGGUAUACGUUUUGUUGGCACAGUGUCGGCUGCAGCGUCUAACACCAAAACGGGAAAGCUCAUAGACUCGAUACUGAGAGUCGAUCAUGCUGGAGAAUUGGGAGCUGAUAGAAUAUACGCAGGACAGAUGGCUGUAUUAGGCAACACACCGGUUGGCCCAACUAUAAAGCACAUGUGGGAGCAAGAGAAGAGGCAUCGGGAAAAAUUCGAGGAGCUGAUUGUGAAGCAUAGAGCAAGACCAACCGUUCUCACACCGGUUUGGAACGUGGCUGGGUUUCUUCUGGGCGCUGGUACAGCCUUGAUGGGUAAAAAAGCUGCAAUGGCGUGCACAGUGGCCGUUGAAACGGUCAUAGUAGAUCACUACAACGACCAGUUGCGUACUAUCAUGGCCAGCGACGUGGCCGAUGAGAACAAAGAACUAUUGGACACCAUUCAGAAAUUCCGCGACGAAGAACAGGAGCAUCACGAAACGGGAUUGGAACAUGGCGCCGAACAAGCCCCCUUUUAUCAGGCACUGACCAAGGUCAUACACUUUGGCUGCAAGACUGCCAUCGCGAUAUCUAAGGUGGUAUGAAGCAUUUAUAGUGCUUUCAACCAAAUAUUCUAAACGGGACGAUGUGAUUUUUUAAAUGAACUUUUGUGAUAUAACAGUAGAUAGCGUGUGGAUAAGUAGAGAUAGAUGAAAUUUUCCGUAUAGUCCCCAUGAAAGACGGUUCUUUUUCUUAUUACCUCCU